AUCUUAGUCCCAAGGUCAUCCGUAUCCGCUCAACUCCUAAAACCAUUCAGCUCGUACCAUACUGGCCAGAUAAUGCUGAAACGUGGUUUCUGCUAGCUGAAGCAGAUUUUUGUGAGCAUGGGAUAACUGAUCAACGUUCACAGUUACUUGCAGUUAUUCACGCCCUACCGCGGGAAUUCAGCAAGUACGUAACAUCACAGAUGUUGAGUCCCGAGGAGAAACGCUCUCACGGACAGACAACGUCUAGAUGAAUUAUUUCGCAACAUCGAGUUAGGAGAUCAGUCAGCCGUGAGCAUGCUGACAAGAAUGAAACAAGUCGUCGGCCAAUGUCAGUUCGACGAAGGACUGUUUAGAGAACUCUUCUUAACCAAGUUGCCACAAUCUGUACAGACCGUACUUGUGACACUUGAGGGUACUGUAAUAGAGGACUUAGCUAUUACUGCAGAUAAGAUCCUAGAAAUAACUAAACGGUCUGUCCCCGAAAUAUGCUCAAUGACUAAGCAGACUUCGAGUGAGGAUCCUGCAAUGACAGAGUUAUGCAACUCCCUUCAGCAGAUGUUUAGGUCAAACACGCAUUCUAAAUCCUCCAACCGUCGUCCUAAAUCUCCUCAACGCAGGAACUCGCGUGGUCGAUCUAAGUCCAAACCACGUUCACUGAAAAACCCUGACUGGUGCUGGUACCACAACACCUAUGGCCAAGAAGCGAAGUGUUGCCGUAAGCCUUGUAACUUCGGAAAUGUCUCAAAGUCUGCGGGAAACUAUCCCGCCGGCACGCGUUAGCGGCAACCGUCGCCGGUGGCACUAGCCGCCUACUUUACAUCCAUGAUGUGAUAAGCCAGACUCGAUACUUAGUCGACACAGGCGCCGAAGUCAGCGUCCUUCC